AUGAAAAAUAUGAAAAAUCAAAAAAAGAGAAAUCGAAGAAAUAAUGCUUAUGGUGCUAGGAAUGUAACAGAUAAUGAUUUUGUAAAUGAACCUACUAAAGAAUUUCAAACAUCAUUAUUAUCAUCAAAUCAGGUUUCAACAGAUUCAACAGUAAAGAAUUAUUCAAGGCAUGAUCUUCAUAAAAUACGAUUUCAUUUAGGGUUAAAAAAACAAGAAGCUAUUCAAUCAGGAACAUGGGAUACUAAUAAAGAUGUCUAUGAUCCAGAUGAAGUGAAUGAGGCCUGUGUAAAAUUGGAUGAAGAUAAAAAAAGAAAAGAAACAGAAAAUGCUGAAAGGAGAAAGCGUAGAUAUAAUUUAUCAAAGAAAACAUCCAAUGAUGAAAGUGGAGAAGGACGAGAUCGAAAAGAAAUAAAAAUAUCUAAUAAUCAGUCACAAAAAAGUGAAGAUCCAUACAAAGAUCUAAGCAAGUUGCAAAAGAAAAUUAAAAGACAGAAUGAUGGAAAAAUGGCAAUGCAUGAUCCAUUUUAUUAUAAUGAGGCAAUGAAAAAAAUAAGUAUAAUUAUUGGUGAAGAUAUUCAACAAAAGUUUUCACUUCAUAAAGGUAUGCUAAUUGAACUAGAAGAGUUACUUAAUCAAUAUGGCAACGAUCAAAAAACAUUUAUAGAAAAGUUAGAACAAUCAUGGGGGAGUCAUUUUGAAUUUAUGACCCAAUUAGUUUCAAUGUUGUUAGAUGAAAGUAAUUUAAGUGAAGAAAUGUGUACUAAUCCAACUAGAAUUGUUCAAAUAAAUGCUUUGGAAAUAAUUAUAAUGAUAUAUAUCUAUUGUCGACAUAGUGGAGGAAAAAUCUCAGCUAAAAAUGUUUUCAGGACAAUUGAAAAGGAAUUUCAGAGAGAAGGAAAUGAAUUGACAAUAGGAAUGCGACUUUUGGAAAUAUUUAAAAAAGAAACACCUUUAUAUAAUUAUUUAAAGAAAUUUGUUCAAUUAGAUAUUGAAAAUGAAGAUAUAUCUGAUGAAGAAGAGUUUAUUGAUGGUACAGGAGGCGAUGUUGAUUUUUCUAGUGAUGAUAAUCAAGUAUUAUAUGUUUAA